GGAGAUUCAGUGACACACACGGCGCCAUGAUGUCACUGGCAACCUAUGCCAAGUAUGUCGCCAGUGAAGGGUUGACCGAUGAUUCACCGUUGGCCGUGUACGAUUCCGAGUUUGGAGAAGACAAUUCACCCAUGCACGAGCUAUUGGCCGAUUAUACGGUUCCUCCGUGCUUUAGUGAUGACUUGUUUGGCUUGGCAGUGGAGGAGGAUGAUGAUGAUGAGGACGACGACGAUUAUAAUCAUGCAAACUCUCGUCCACCAUGGAGAUGGAUCCUGGCCGGUCCGCCACGCAGUGGGACAGGGUUGCAUAUUGAUCCUCUUUGGACCAAUGCCUGGGUGACGCUGUUGCAGGGACUGAAGCGUUGGAUAUUGAUUCCUCCCCACGUGGAGCUCCCCAAAGGUGCUGGAUUGCGAGAACCGCAAGUUCCCUCAGUGAUUUGGUUUCGUGACUAUUAUGACAAGGUCCAGCAGCUGGAAGGGGUGGUAGAGAUUCUGCAAAAUCCCGGAGAAACUGUGUUUGUCCCCAAUGGUUGGCCACAUCUCGUGCUGAAUUUGGAACAAACGGUGGCCGUCACACACAACUACGCGUCUGAAUUUGGACCCUUUGAACGCAUGUGGGAUGAGACGGUACAAAAUGAACCAGAGUUUGCCCAUCGUUGGUACAAAGGCCUUUGUCGGCAUCGGCCAGAUCUUGCCAGUCGAAUCCAAAGGAACAACAAUAGCAGUGAGGCCUGACUGACUGAUUCUUUCUCUUGGCUGGAUGCGGAUGUGAUAGAUUAGGAAACUGUUGUCAAGCCUGUGGAGUAAUCAAUCCAGGCACCCGUGUACCAUGCCUGGAUGCUGCUCCGUUUGUGUGCUACCGGUACCGUCAGUCCGGGAAUGGGGUGCCGUGCCGCAAUCGAUCUUGAGUUUCAACAACCUACUCAUAUGCUGCUACAAUGGAAGGGUGGAAAGGUGAUCAGCUCUUGUCUGGGUAUGUUUGCUACUUUAACGGUAGGCACGUCGAAGCUCCUCUCGCAAAACUAAAUGGUACAUCAACCCCCUUUUCACAGCGGUACCAAAAGACAAUAAAAGUAUUCUUCAACAAAAGAGCAUGCUACUUCUUUAAUUCUGUGU